GUGAAUUUGAGAAGAAUUAGGGGUCGUUGUUGAAUUGCUUGAAUUGGAAAGAGAAGGCGAAACGUUUCGAAGAUGAUUACGUUUCUUUUGUUGUUGCUGGUUUAGCUGUUCAUUUAAGGAGCGUUUUUGGAGAUCUAAUAAAGAAGUUAUUUCCCCGUCGUAUUUUCUGGUGUCAAACACCUUAGCGGCAUCAACAUAUCAACAAAACCAAAUCAGGAGAUCCCAUGCUUCCUCGAAACAGAGACUGCUCUCCUCCUCAUCCUACGGUGGUUCGUGUUUACACUGUCUGUGACGAAUCAAGAUAUUUGAUAGUGAGGAACGUUCCUGCUUUGGGAUGCGGUGAUGAUUUGUUCAAACUCUUUGCCUCUUAUGGAGACGUUGAAGAGUGUAAACCAAUGGAUGCAGAAGAUUGUGAGCAAUUUACUGAUGUUUACUGGAUCAAAUUUCGUCUGGUCAGCAAUGCCAGGUUUGCUAAAAGGAAAUUGGACGAAUCCAUUUUCCUAGGGAACCCCUUGCAGGUCUCCUAUGCUCCUCACUUUGAGACCGUCUCUGACACAAAGGAUAAGUUAGAAGGCAGAAGGAAGGAAGUUUUUGCACGUUUGAACCCUGGAAGAACCAAGGGUCCCAAAGUUCACAACGCUGGCACUUCGAGCCAGGCUUCAUUGCUUACAUCACAGAUUGACCACGUUUCUCAGCACCUCAACUCUAAUCAAUCUUGGGACUCUGGAGAAUCACAAAAUGUUCAUCAGAUAGGUGAUCCUCCUAUUACAAGGGUGUCCUCUGACCAGGAUUACUUUCCAUCCCAGUCAAUGAAUCAGACUGUUAGAUUGGUCAGGGAGAAGCUCAAUAAGAUCCAAUCAAGUAGUGAGCAUCUUCAAGCCGGGCCUGUAUCCAAGAAAGCACGAGUUGACAAUAGAAGAAGAAUUUGAUAGAACUCUUAUAAGGAUCUCCUUGACAUGCAGGGACGAUAUGGAACUUGAAGCACUUGUGCACUGUCCAUAAAAUCAAGUGGAGAGGUUAACUUCUUUGAAAGGUAUCUUGACAAGGACCAGCGGAAAGAGCAGACAGUGAGUAACCAAAUCUAAAGGACGGGAGUCUGUGGGUGAUUUAACCCAGCCCAGUCAUCCUUUGAAUGAUAGUAAGGAUCCUGUCUUUCAAAAUCAGGUAGGUUGAGUUACAAGAUUUUGAACUUAAUGCCCUUUCACAAUGCAUAAUUGAAGUGCUUCACAUGUAUAAAUAAGUACCUUAUGCCUUAUUUUGUCCCUGACAGUACAUGAUUUCAAGUGUGUUCUUCAAGUGUAGCUUUGACAAAGGAAACAUAAGAGCUUGCAUACGUUUUUUUCUCUCA